AAGUCUCAUCUUAAAACAACAACUACCUAGCUCUUAUUUUAUAAUUUUAUAAUUUUCAUUAACUUCAUCUGAUAAAGCUUGCUUGACUCCAUCUUAUGAUAUCUAAACGUAAUACUGAAAUACCUCAAUUAACGGAUUCAAUCCAUUGGAGAUCUAGGCCCUACCUAGGUAAGAACGCAAACUAACGAGGCUUUGAACACGUUUCAACCUUCGCUGUAUUACUCCUGGUGGUUGAAGGGGACGACACAUAAAAUCCACUCAAAUCAUCUCAACCAUUAACUAACCCAUCUUCUAAAUAACAUCGGCGAUAAUUCAUCCCACCUAAGUCGAUAUUGGAGAAACUCAAUUAACAAUGGCUUGUUGAACGUAGCAAGUUCAUGGCUCAUCAGUUGCUUCUAUCUCCACGGACUUUCCGUGUACGCCACAGCCGGAGUACGGAAAUCCCCCUCAUUCGUACUUUGUGUAACGUCGCUAUCUCGAUCUCAACCCUUCAAGUCUUUUCAUGAUUUGAAGUUAUAAGCCGAAUUACUAUUUCAAAUAUCGGAAAUGGCUGGCACAUCUUCUGGGCCGUCUGGUACGGCUGCUAGUAAGAGGAUAGAAGAUGAUAGCGAUUCCUCUCAUGGGUGGGAAAUCGACGACGAUACAUUCGAGAUAGAAAGCCAGUCGGAGGGACUAGAUGAAGGUUCUAUUGAUAAGACGGAUAAUACCGGUGCCAAUGGCAUAAAACACCGCCUUUCUGAAUGGGCUGAUUCCAGCGCCCGAAACGACAAUGACUACGAAGAGGGCGAAGAACGCGAACAUUUAUUAGAUCCUAACCUUCCUGGUGAGGAGGGUAUAGAAUUGCAUCGAAUGGACUCUGGGAGUUUAGCUUCGUUCGAUGAGGAAACUGCUCAUAAAUCAAACGAGGAAAAUUCGCCAUACGAAGAGGUUAGAGCCGCCGUGCGUAACUACGAUGAGGACCUACCAUGCAAUACUCUUCGAGCUUGGGCAAUCGGGUUGACCCUGGUUCUUAUCGGCGCAUCGACGAAUACUCUCUUCUCCUUGAGGCAACCUUCAAUUGGCCUAGGAGCACUCAUCGCCCAGAUUGUCGCUUGGCCUCUUGGUCGUGCUUGGGAAAGGGUAGUACCCGAUCGACAGAUCAGAAUGCUUGGUAUGAGAUGCGAUUUGAACCCAGGACCUUUUAACAUCAAGGAACAUUCGAUUAUCGUGGUCAUGGCUAGCGUAUCUUUCUCCGUAGCCUACGCUACUGAUAUUAUUCUCGCGCAGCUUGUGUUCUAUAAGCAAAAUUUCGGAAUAGUGUUUCAACUUAUCCUCACUAUCUCAACCCAGUCAUUAGGAUAUGGGAUCGCGGGCAUGAUGCGAAAGUUCCUAGUCUACCCGGCCUCUAUGAUAUGGCCUGGGAACUUAGUUGCUGUCGCCCUAAUGAACGCCAUGUACGAGAAACACCAAGCACCAGACCCAUCUAUCAUCGGUGGACGUAUGCCAAGAUAUAGAUGGUUUGGUCUCAUAACGCUUAUUUCCGCUAUCUAUUAUUUCAUCCCGGGAUAUUUCGCGCAAUUCCUAAGUGUAUUCGCUUUCGCAACGUGGAUGGCUCCUAAUAGUCCUGUGAUUAAUCAAUUGUUUGGCGGUACAACUGGUCUUUCUCUGCUGCCCAUCACAUUUGACUGGGCACAGAUCGCAGGAUAUGCUGGGUCGCCUCUAAUGUUUCCAUGGCAUGCCAUUGCGAACACUACGCUUGGCGUCGUGAUCUUCUAUAUUAUUCUUAAUAUCUUCUUCCAUUACACAGGAACGUGGUAUGACCAGUAUCUCCCUAUGGCAGACUCUUCCACGUACGACAAUACAGGCGCCUUAUAUAAUGUCUCGAAGAUAUUGACCUCCGACUUCACCUUGGAUGAGGAAGCAUACAAGGCAUACUCGCCAGUUUUUAUCAGCACAACCUUCGCCAUCUCGUACGGGUUAUCAUUUGCGGCCAUCACCGCCUUAGUUGUCUACACCUAUCUACAUCAUGGGAAAACCAUAUGGGCUCAAUAUAAAAAUAGCACCAACGAGAAACCUGAUAUACACAUGAAGCUCAUGCAGAAGUAUGAAGAAGCACCUGAAUGGUGGUACUUCUCAUUGUUUGGAAUCGUUCUGGCACUCGCAUUUGUUUCAGUCCUAGCGUACCCGACGAAUUUGACCUGGUGGGCUUUCUUGCUGGCUGUAGGCAUCUCGUUCGUGUUCUCGCUACCUAUUGGUAUCAUUCAGGCCGUUACGAAUCACCAGAUCGGUCUUAAUGUACUGACCGAAUUCGUGUACGGAUACAUUCAGAAUGGAAAGCCCUUAGCUCUUAUGCUGUUUAAAACCUAUGGCUACAUCACAAUGUCGCAAGCUCUGUCAUUUGUCUCCGAUUUGAAAUUCGGUCAUUACAUGAAGAUCCCACCUAAAACCAUGUUUCAAGCCCAAGUGGUCGCCACAACCUUUUCAUGCUUCAUCCAAAUCGCCGUUCUCAACUUUGCGCUCAACAACAUUGAAGGUGCCUGUGAUCUAACACAACCUCAGCGCUUCACCUGCCCGGGUGGUCGCGUUUUCUUCUCAGCUUCUGUAAUCUGGGGUCUCAUAGGUCCCUCCCGCGUCUUCUCCCCUGGUCAGAUCUACUCUGGCCUCCUAUUCUUCUUCGUCCUCGGUGCUGCAGCACCCGUCGUCUUCUGGAUCGCAGCAAAGCGUUGGCCCAAGUCACCCGCGAAAUACCUCAUGGCGCCCCUAAUCUUCGGCGGUGCCGGUGCUAUACCCCCCGCCACACCCCUCAAUUACCUCUCCUGGGGUGCUGUUGGCUAUGUCUUCCAAUUUGUGAUCAAGAGGCGAUAUCAUAGGUGGUGGAGUAGGUUGAAUUACUUGACCUCAGCUGGACUUGAUCUAGGCCUCGCUCUUGGCACGUUGGCAGUGUUUUUCGCGUUUACGUUGAAUGGUAUAGAUGCCCCGCGCUGGUGGGGCAAUGAGGUUGUCACGGGCACAUUGGAUUAUAAGGGCGAGGCUGUACAGGUUGUGCUCCCGCCGGGAGAGACAUUCGGUCCGAAAGUCUGGUAGUGAAGUGCGGAUAUCGCGCACUUAUGCUUAUGAUUGGAUCAUAUUAGAAAAGUCUAACUAGAUCGAUGAUAGACGGGCUUGUACGAGUAUAGGGGUAUCAUUGUGUAGGUCUAGAAAAUACUACCUAAUUACUACGCGAAAUUUCAAACAUGGUUACUAUUGGUGA